CAGCACAAAAGCAAUCAAAAUCCUAAUUUAUCCUUCUUCUGCAAGUUUUGAUGACCUCGACCUAUUUGCAGUGACAUCGCGAACUACCACGGCGAUACAAAAGUCAUUCCACCUUUAAAUGACGUUUUUACCUGGCCUCAGUAAUGCCAGCGGGUAUAUCGACUGACACACACAUUCAAUGAAUGAGAUCAGUGUUAUGAUCCGGACUCAAAACAGAGAUCAAGUUCUCGUGGUUGGCAACAAUGUUCAAUGCAAGGGCCCGCUGUUAUGCUGAGCGGAGGAAUGUGGGCUUGGCAACUAUGAAGGAGUUCAACAAGGUCUGAUUAUAAGGCUGGCUGGCAGGGAUUUUCGAGACGCGACUCUGGCGGGGAAUUUAUUUUGCGUCAAUAUUGGGUUCAAACCCACCUAGCUUACAGAAAAUGACACAUACGAAGUCGCUGUUGCUGACCUUGAUGGGCGCCGCUGCCCUGAUUGAGGCAGCCCAAGUUCAUUAUAAUCUCGACCUUACAUGGCAGAAGGGUGCACCGAACGGAGUGGAGAGGGAGAUGAUCUUCGUGAAUGAUCGGUUUCCAGGUCCGCCGUUGAUCCUGGAUGAAGGAGAUGAGAUCACAAUAGAUGUGACCAACAACUUGCCAUUCAAUACAUCUGUCCAUUUCCAUGGCAUUGAGCAAACCAACACCCCAUGGGCGGACGGAGUAUCAGGCCUAUCUCAAUGGGCCAUCAAGCCCGGUGAAAAGUACCGGUACCGGUGGCAAGCGACGACUUAUGGUACAUACUGGUACCAUGCUCAUGACAAGGAUAGAAUGAUGGAUGGUCUAUAUGGUGCCAUUCGUAUUCGCCCAUCUGCCAACCGAGAGUCACCAUUUGCAAUGAUCUCUGACGACCCCGCCGAUAUUGCAGCCAUGACCAAUGCUGCGCAUGAUGCCCAGUUGGUAAUGCUGUCUGACUGGGACCAUCUCCCAUCCGAUGAAUACAUGGAUGUCCUGAAAAAAACGGGCUAUGAUAUCUUUUGCUCAGAUAGCAUUCUCAUCGAUGGUGCAGGCUCCAUAUACUGCAAAGACCCUGAAUAUUUGACAAACCUCCAGCCGGCCCCGGUCCGAGCGGUCGUAAAUGAGAGUUUGACGGAUAAAGGAUGUGAUCCAUUCCUGCGGGUCCUCCAAGGUGAUUGGGAGCACCACCCAGAGUUACUUCCUGAGGGGAUGAACUCCGGAUGUACACCCAGCGAUGGUCCAACCUCCGUCUUCGAAGUGGCACCGGAAGCUAAAUGGGCCAGUUUCAACUUCAUCAGUGCAGCAAGUCUCAAAUCUCUCAUCUUCUCCAUCGAUGAGCACCCGAUGUACAUAUACGAGGUCGAUGGACGCUACAUUGAACCGCAACUUGCCCAUCAGGUCUCCAUUUACAAUGGAGAGCGUUACUCUGCCAUGGUCAAAUUGGACAAGGAAGCUGGCAGCUACACCAUCCGUGUCGCUGGUCACGAUAACCAGGUCAUCUCUGGCUUUGCGACACUCUCCUACAAGGGUGGCGAGCAAAACAAGCGGGAAUCGACGCCAUACAUCGACUACGGUGGCAGCAACACCACGGCUUCUGUGAUCCCGCUUGACACAAGAACCCUGCCGCCAUAUCCUCCUAUCCUACCUGCGGAUCAGGCCGAUGAUUUCCAUCUCCUAACCCUCGGACGGAUCAACUCAUCCUGGGAAUGGACUUUGGACGGAACAUCAUUCCUACCAGCCAAUCUGAACCAAAUGGAGCCAGUAAUUCUCAACCCACAAGCACCUGGCUUGGAUUCUUCCCUCAAGAUUGAGACGCGGAAUGGCACCUGGGUAGAUAUUGUGUUCCAGCUUGCCAUCCCAGCGCCAACCAAACUCCAGCCACCGCACCCGAUGCACAAGCAUUCAAACAAGGCAUUUUUGAUUGGGGCUGGAAGGGGGAAAUUUGGGUGGGGAUCUAUCGCGGAAGCACGAGAGAGCAGCCCGGACAGCUUCUUCAACACGCCUCUGUAUCGGGAUACAUUUGUGACCGCGCCGAACGGAGAAGCCUGGAUUGCUAUUCGGUACCAGGUUGUGAACCCGGGCCCUUUCCUUUUGCAUUGCCAUAUGGAGACACACUUCUCUUCGGGUAUGGGCCUUGUGUUGCUGGAUGGCAUAGAUGCUUGGCCUCAAGUUCCUGCUCAGUAUCUGUAGUUUACCUGAUUUUGUAUUCUAUCAUUUCCUAUCCUGUCCUUAAUAUAUGUGAUUUCUUUCUUUCUAAUUGGC